ACUCUCUUCUCCCUGCUCCAGUAGCCAUGGAUACUCCCGAAGCUCUCAACAAAGUUCUCUCCCGGAUUCAAACCUUCGAGCCACAAAAUGCCCACAAAAUAAUUGGUUUCAUUCUGCUGCAGGAGCAUGGCGACAAGAAUGUCAUCAGGCUAGCUCAUGUCCCCGACGCCCGCCUUCUCUCCAUCAUCGAUGAAGCCAAAGCUUUCCUGGGACUUUCGUCGAACGCUUCGUCUUCUCCUUCUUCCCCGAGUUUGGGCCCGUUUUACCGGCCUCCCCUGAGGGUCACGAUUCCCCAGAACGAGAUUCGGUCAUCUCCCUGGUCCAACGGCUCCCCGGUCUUCUCGAGAAGCCCCGGGUCUGGACUUCCGGGUUCCUCGGCUCCUUUUUCUCGCAGCGGCGGCGACCCCAUUGGUCGGUUGCCGGUUGCUAACGAGUCCUGCGAUUCUCCCGGGUUUCUACCGACUGAGGGAAACCGGUUAACUCUUCAGCAUCACAAUCGGAGGUGCUCUUCUGAUGAUGUUUUCGCCAUUGAUUGUAACGACGGAGUUUGGGGGCCUCCGGUUUUCGACAAUCGCAAGUUUCUGCAUGGUUCUUCUGCUGAUUUGGCUGUAAAAGAUGACACUUCUCUUGAAGAGUUUCUUCGCAUCAAUGCCCUUCAGCAGCGGAGGCUCUCUGCUGCUUCUAUGCUCAUGGCUUCUGAUGGUCGAUACCCCCUCAGUUACAGUGAUCGCCUGGGUAAUUUGAACGACAGUCCAAGGUCGGGACCGGUGAUCAGUGAUCUCGUGGGAGGCAAUUCAGAUGGGUACUCAAAUCCAAGUUCUUGUCAGAUUUACUUGACAUUUCCAGCUGAUAGCACAUUCACUGAAGAUGAUGUCUCUAGCUACUUUAGUAUGUAUGGGCCAGUGCAAGAUGUUAGAAUUCCAUUUCAGCAGAAGCGGAUGUUUGGUUUUGUUACGUUUGUCUAUGCGGACACUGUGAAGCUAAUCUUAGCCAAAGGAAACCCUCAUUUUGUGUGCGACUCCCGUGUUCUUGUUAAACCGUACAAGGAAAUGGGAAAAACCUCUGACAAGAAUAGAAAGCAAAAACUGCUCCAUCUGGAUAUGGGAAAGUCAUCAACAAGUUUAAGCUCACCCGGUGUUGAUUCUAGGGAGCCCCUUGACAUUCCAUUUGGGCCAAGAAUGUUUCACAAAUCAAAGGAGACUACACUUAGGAGAAUGUUAGAGCAUGAAGCUCAUUUGCAGAAAACCAUCCAGCUGCAGAGCAGACGAUUAAUGGAUUUGCAGCUUAUUGAUGAGAUGAAGAAUAGAGGGAGUAUUAAUGAGUUCCAGCCUGGCAGCUCAUCUCCCAUCCUCCCACUCUCUCAGUCACCAAAUCAUCAUAGUUUCAGUCUUAAUGAGACAGCAGAAAUUAACGAGAAAGAGAACGAUAGUGGACAUGAAAAUAGUGGCAAUAAGCAACAUGAUAACCUUGAUAGUUCUGAGCUUCAUAACAGUCUUGGAGAACAUCCGCAUUUGCGAUUAGAGCUCAAUUCAAACCUUUGGGAAACUGUCCGGCCGUGAAUGGGUGGCACCUUUUUUUCAACACGUUGUAUGAAGAUGUGCGGGUAAUUUGACUAACCUCGUUUUUUCUUCUUAAACUUUCAGGCUACAAAAGUUCUUGAACUAGUUAGACCCAGCAAGGGUAUCUGAUUAAGAAGCCAUAGAUUGUAGUAGUAGGUGUGCUAUAAUUGACCUCGGGUUAGCAAGGGUAUCAAAUUUUGAAAGUUUGAAUAGUAGGCCAAAAGACCAGAAGUAAAGAUCUGUAAGGAAGAUCUCUUCAGGAUCAAACAGGACAUUUUACUUACAGCAAUAACUGAUGCAUAUAUAUAUAUAUAGGACAAGUGACUUUUUUACAUAGAUUAGCUCUGUGAAAUUGCUCUUUUAUACCUAUAUCAACCAUUUCACAAAAACUUUACUGUAUUUGAUCGAAUGGGUUGUACAACUACUGUGACUUUUUGUAAGAGUAAUACUCCGUUGUAGAUUUUACGGAGUAUAUCAACUAUAAUUAGGGUUAAAAGACAUCACCUUUUUGUUCAUGUGGCAAAAUAUAGGCUUCGGGUUUAAUUUUAGAACAACCAUUCUUGGUGUACACAUUUUUGUACCCAUCAGUACACG